UCUCUUAAACCCUAAAUUUUAUUAUCCCUCCCUACAAAAACCCUAGCCUCUUCUCCCACUUCGCAAGCCUCAUUCUACACCAAAAUGAUGGGAGAACCAGUGAAUCCCAAAGCCUACCCGUUAGCCGAUGCUCAAUUAACGACCACGAUUUUGGAUCUUGUUCAACAAGCUGCUAACUACAAGCAGCUCAAAAAGGGAGCAAACGAAGCAACUAAGACCUUAAACAGAGGUAUAUCGGAGUUUGUUGUCAUGGCUGCCGAUACUGAGCCCCUUGAGAUUCUGUUGCAUCUCCCUUUGCUUGCUGAAGAUAAGAAUGUUCCGUAUGUAUUUGUUCCCUCAAAGCAAGCACUUGGUCGAUCAUGUGGGGUAACAAGACCCGUAAUCGCCUGCUCUGUCACAACAAAUGAAGGAAGCCAAUUGAAAUCGCAAAUACAACAGCUCAAGGAUGCCAUCGAAAAGCUCCUAAUCUAAAGAUAUUAUGUUACUCGAAUUCGGUGUGAUAGGCCUCUUGGAAUGUGGUGGUUGUUCUUUAGAGGCUUUGACUGAUGAAGUCGUGCCACCAUCGGUUUUUUAGUGUUUGACCUUUAAAAAAAAUGCAUUUGUUGUGUUCUAUUAUGUUUUCUUAUGAACCAAGGAAAAAGAUUAAUCUGGAAUUGAUGUUCAGCUCAACUUAGUAUGAACGAUGUUAUCAAUCUUGUUUUACUCAGAACUUGUUGAA